AUGUCUUCUAACAGUACAAACGCCGACACGUCCACACCGGACGCAGUGUCGAGCCCAUCUGAUAGUCCGUCUGAUAGCCCGUCUGUGAGCCCGACUGAGACUACGUCUACCAGUCCUCCAGCUGAGACUUCCAGUAGUACACCACCACCUCCCGAAACCACUUCUACCAGUACAUCCGAUCCGCCAACGCCAACUUCAGACCCGACAACAUCAACUUCUACUUCAGCACCACCACCGCCACCUACUUCCACGUCUGAGACUACAAGUACUUCUAACCCCCCACCGCCUACUACUACGUCGACGUCAACAUCAACCCCCCCAACCCCCACGUCACCGACAUCGACAUCGACAUCGACUAGCUCUACUUCAGAGACACCCACUCCGACUCCAACAAGCGUGAUAAUCACUACAACGCAAGUGAGCACCGGGGAAGAUGGAAGUACACAAUUUAUCACCGUUACCUCGACUCAGGUUACUGCGCAGCCUGCGCAACCGACAAGUCAGACAUCUACGGCAGGCCCAUCGGAUGCAAUUAUAUCCCCAGGUGCUUCUAACUCGCACCAGAUGGCCGAGCAGGCCAAGAUUGCUGUUGCUGUUGUAGUUCCAAUUGCUGCUGUGGCUUUGCUAGUUGCUGCGGGUAUCUUCUUCUGGAGGAGACGAAAGCAACGAAAGGAUGCUGCAGAGGAGAGGCGAAAAGAAGUAGAAGACUACAGCUACAACCCAAAUAACGAUCCGACUUUGCCAGAAGUAGGAGCCGCUGGUGCCGCAGGAGCCUACGAGAUGAAGGAAGAUGGAUCAGGCUAUCGUGGAUGGGGCUCUACUACCCUAGCGGGUUCAACUGGGAGAAAAGCCUCCACCACAAUGUCUGGUGGUGCAGCAGGUGUGGCAUAUUCAGAUGCAACAUCCCCAACCAGGGGUAAUUUUUCUGACACGAGAUCAGGAGACGGUUUAAUGGGCGAUCGUUCUAACUCGCCAACUGAGGGUGAGAUCCUCGGCGCUAUGGGCCCAGCUGCCGAUGGCAAUACCGGCAAUGGUGAUGUUCGCCGUGGACCCUCCAAUGCCUCAUCGUCUUAUAGUGCAGCCGGCAGAUCAGAUGGCUCUGGGGAGAAUGGUGCCUCUUACGGAGGACCAGCUUACCUGGAUCAAUACGGCGGGAACAACCCGUAUGCUGACGGUGCAUACGGACAACCUGUUAUACGGGACAACCCAGCUCGACGCAAUACCCGCAUUGAGAACCCGUCGCACUAUCCUCAACAAAGCACCGGCAUUUCUCAAAACUUUUAA